UUAGGGAUUCCCGGAAUUUUCGGUCACGUGGUUUGGCCCAUAUUAAAAGUAAUUGUCGAUGUUGUUAAAACUCCAUAACUGAUACUAACGUAGACAGUGAAUGACAAUUGGUAUUUAACUUUGAUUCCCGUGUGAUUUAACAGGUGCAAUCAAGAUGGUGCAGAGAAAGCAAAGCCAGCCGGUUAUUAACCAGAGAAAACCAAUAAGGCCCAUAGAGCGACAGAAAAUGAGGCCAUGGCUGGUCAACCUUCUUAACAACGAGAAGGUUCAUGGAUUUUCCUGGGUGUCCAAGGAUCACGAGACUUUCCGGAUAUCUUGGAGACAUGCAGCCCGCCAGGGAUGGGACCCUAUUAUGGACGCCGGACUCUUCGAACGCUGGGCCAAACAUACGGGAAAGUAUGUAGAUGGAGAUGAGCCCGACCCUAAGAGGUGGAAGGCCAACUUCCGCUGUGCCCUGAAUAGUCUACCAGACGUCAAACAGCUCAAGGACCAAGGCCAGCGAAAGGGCAAGGACGCCUACAAAGUGUACCAGUUUUUGAACGAGCGGAAAAGUCUCCAGAAACACAAGACUGCAGAACGAACGACAGUGCCAAAGGUCAUACAGACCAAAACUAAGAGGAGUUUGAGAGCCCGCAACACAAAGAAGAUCUCGUACGCCAAGAUGAUGGCGAUGGACAGCGAAGGGGAGGAGGAAGAGGAGUCUUCUUCAGACUUCAACGCCUCAGAGUCGGACUGUUCCACAUCUGCAGGGAACCAGACCCCUGAGCGGAUGGAGGAGGAGGAGGAGGCUUUGGACAGUGAUCCUUGUUAUGAGGAGGGACUGGAAACACGUCUCCCAGACUUCAACAAAAUCUGUAAAUCCACCGACCUCACAGCCCUUCAAAAGUACCUGCCUUCUGAGAAGGACUUAAGGACCAAUUUAGCCUGCACCGUCCAAAGUGCAAAACAGACUUUUCCUUUCCUGCAAGAUACUCCUAUGGCCAUAGGAGGGCAAGAAGAAGAUGAUUCCACCUCCACAAGUAGCGAAUUCACUAGCGAGGAACUCAUCCAACUGGUCAUGGAUGCAGACGCCCAGGAGCAGUUCUCAGACACCAACUUUACAGACUUAUGGGGGAGUGGACUUCCGGUGCCCCAAGAGGUCGCUUAUGUCGACGCAAUCAUUGAGGAAGGUGAGACGACCUACUUUAUUUUGGACAAUGUUGAAAACGAGGUUGUGAUCACUGAUACCCCGGCGGUGCGCUGUGAACAGAUAACCAAUGGCACAGACGUAAUGCAGUACACCGGUCUUCGCAUGUCCCAGUUAUGAACGAGGUCUAGUGGCACUCAUUGACUAUUGUGAUAACCCCCAAUUAUCAUCAGUCGGAUGGUUCAACAAGAAGAGGCCGGCCAAGUGUAUUCAUCCGCCAUUCUCCGUUCUGAAUAAAUAUAUAAACGUUUUCAUCUUUCAUCGUUCACCAUGUAGUGUAUCCGGUGAUUUUAUGAAUGGUGAUUUCUUUUUACCGCCUUUGUGGACAAAGGAAGCAGGUCUCAAAUGUUGAAGUGGAAUUAUUUGUGCAAUGUAAGCAAAUUCCGGCCGAUUUCGUCACGCCCAGCUGCAAUUCGAAAAGUACUCCACGACCUAAACAGCGCUAUACCGAAAAAAUGCUCAGAAAAAAAUAAAAUGCAAGACUAUAGUGACUAUUAACAGUUUAAAACUGGGCGUGCUUCUUGCAAAGAUUUAUACAUGUUAUGAUGUAUUUUACCGAUUAUAUACUGUAUGUACAGUUUUGAUGAAAUACAUGUACACUGUACAAUUAUUAUAUGUUUGUUGAAUAAAAUAUUGAAAAUUGA